UGGUCUUGGAUCUUCGUUUCAGUGAAUGUCUCCAGCUCAAAGAAGCUGUCGUCAGCUUCAGGCUCCAGUAGUUUCUUAUAUUCCCCUGGUUCCUUCCAACUCUGGUGCUCCGUUUCAUUUUAUUGACUUUCCUGGGAAACGUCUGUACCGUUUCAACAGGUAGCUUCUCCCGAUCAGGCUUAUUUACUCGGAGCCAGGGCAUAUUUCGAGCCGGUACCAGGACAGAGCUGGAGACACUUGUUCUGUGGAAGCCGGUAGGAACUAGGAACACCUCAUCCUGCACCGUGGUACCCAACCGUCCGUCAACAACCCUCACCAAGUGCCCGAACGGGACGGUGUCGCCAGUGUAAAGACAAAAGGAAGAACGUUGCCCAAGACGAAGAUUUUUACUGCUUAUUAAGGUGUCCUGACUCAGGCACAACGGAGCACCCCACCCUAUGGCAGCCAUGGACGUAGACAUGCCCAUGUCCCCGGAAGUCACACAGACUUCGGACAGCGACCCUUACAACACGCUAAGGAACUUCACCAUCGAGAAGAAGAUCGGGCGGGGCCAGUUCAGCGUGGUGUACCGGGCACAGAACCUCGUCAACGGGAAGGAUGUGGCACUCAAGAAAGUACAGAUAUUUGAGAUGAUGGACGCCAAGGCAAGACAAGACUGUAUCAAGGAAAUAGACCUGCUUAAGCAACUGAACCACCCUAACGUGAUCCAGUACUACGCCUCCUUCAUCGAGGACAAUGAGCUGAACAUUGUACUGGAGCUGGCUGAUGCUGGGGACCUCUCACGGAUGAUCAAGCACUUCAAGAAGCAGAAGCGCCUGAUCCCAGAGAGGACAAUCUGGAAGUACUUUGUGCAGCUGUGCAGCGCGCUGGAACACAUGCACUCACGCAGGGUCAUGCACAGAGACAUCAAGCCAGCAAACGUGUUCAUCACAGCGACAGGAGUGGUAAAGCUGGGAGACCUGGGGCUGGGCAGGUUCUUCAGCUCCAAAACUACUGCUGCUCACUCACUAGUUGGUACUCCCUACUACAUGUCACCUGAGAGGAUACAUGAGAACGGAUACAACUUCAAGUCGGAUAUCUGGUCUCUGGGCUGCUUAUUGUACGAGAUGGCCGCUCUGCAGAGCCCGUUCUACGGAGACAAGAUGAACCUGUACUCCCUGUGUAAGAAGAUCGAGCAGUGUGACUACCCGCCCCUCCCAUCUGAGCACUACUCGGACGAGCUGCGGCACCUGGUGAACAUCUGCAUCAACCCUGACCCGGACAAGCGGCCGGACAUCAACUACGUGCACGAGGUUGCGCGGACCAUGCACUCUGCCAACAUCCAGGCCCAACAACAACAGCAAUAAGGGGCAGACUCCGGGACCUGUCCUCUGUACUGUAGUUUGCUCACAUUUCACACUUUUGCUGAUAAUCCUAGAUCGAUGUACUUAUACACUGGGCUAGUGAGAAGGAUUCAAAGUUGACUGUGCAUGUUUUUUCUCCACAGUGUUAGUACAGGACUAGAAAAUGUGGACCUUUUCUGGACUACAGGCACCAGUUUUUCAAUAAACCGUAAAGUUUUAGAACAAAAGUGUCCAGCUAUAAAGAGAGAAGGCUGUGGAGCCUUUUAUAACAGCUUUGCUGAAACAAAAGCUUUUUUGGCUGAAAAUACAACUGCUUUUUUUAAAAAAAGGAAGAAAUUCCUUAUGUAGAAUCUGAGUGCCUCAGAAAUGCUUAGCAGAGUGCCUUCUCAACUUUACACUGAUUGACAUGAUGCUUGAGCUUUCAAAAGUACAAGAGUGGAAUCUCAGUGACCCUCAGUGUAAAACUUCUCGGCAUUUUGCCUAGAACCCACCAACAUUCUUUUGCCUAGAACCCACCAACAAUUUGAGCCACAAUUCUUUUACGACUUUUUAAUAGACCACUUCCAGUGUUGUAUAGAAAAGGUGUCACAUCACUCAACAAGAUGGCAUGUAAGGGGCAUUCCUCUUUCUAUUGUUGGAGAUGGAUAGUAGAAAAAAACUGAGGGACUUUGACUUAAAAUAAAGGAGAAAGAUUUGGAAUCUUGGGAUGAUCCUAAUAUAAGAAAGAACAUUUUUAAAGAUACAGGAUGUAUACAGGCUCUUCUCAGACAUCUCACUGUUUGUGUGAAUGACAAACUGCAUUGUAGAAUUCCAGCUGAUGACGAAACAUUUGCUGUGAAAAAAUUUUGAAUAGGACAAAAGAUACCAAAUUGUGUGUCAGCAAAAACAUUUGCUGUCACAGCAUAUUGUCAUCUGUAAAACCUGAUCUCAACUUAGGAAAGUGAUGCUAAAAAGGAAAGAAAAAAAAAACUCAGGAUGAUGGAAAAAAACCUUCUUCAUUUUCACAAACUUGGAAUGAUUUUUUGGUAUGUAUACAUUAUAUACAUAUCCACAAAAUACUUAGUACACACAAAGUUGCAGCCAUUAUGUUACACAGCAAGGCUCCGCCUUCGAGGCGGUGCCAAAAUAUAGUACCUCUGCACUUCUCCAGUUGAUCCAAUUGUAAGAUUGCUGCUAGAACACUUGAAGAGUGAUGGGCCAAGGGUCCAUACAAAAUGGAUUUGAAGCUGUAGUGUUAUUAUAGCUUAUACUGGCUAUCUAAAACUGUACAUAUUACGAGCACUAAAGGAAUAUUUUGAAAGAAGUCCUUGAUUUUAAGACUGUAAAUUUUCUGGUGAUCAGAUAGAGACUACAGAAAUGAGUGAAAUAUUAUUGUAUGUAUAUCUUGAACUGUGACUUAAUAAUUUAAGAUUUCCUACUUGAAAUGUAACAAGAUGAGUGUUUAGAUAGAAACUGUCUCUCUGUGUGCAAUUAUACACUAUUGGAUACUGCAUGUAUCUGUAAUUGUUUUAGUUUAUUUUGGGUGUAUUUUUUUGUUUUGAGGAGGGUAAAUACAUAUUGAUAGCUUCCGUAGUGAGCUGUUUUGGUCUUCAGUAGAAUAUGUUGUGUGGAACUUCAUUCUGCUUGUGUGACUUUCAUCGUGAUGAACAUUCUCUUGUGUCUGUGUUUUCAGCACAAUUUGACACCCACAAGCUUUAUCCCAACAGUGUUGAUUACUUCAGUCUGCCUGCAAACGUUGUUUCUUUAAUUGGGAAAAAUGUCAAACAGCAUUUCUUAUAUAAUGAAGCAUAAUUGGCACCUCAUUACAAUGUAUGUAGCUUUGGUAUAUGGUAAGCAACUUUUUGAGUAUGGGGUAGUUUUGGAAUUUUUCUAAUUCCAAGGGAAGAUAUACAAUGUACCAAUGUGACUAGAAAUUGUGUCUAUCUAGUCAACAGUCUGUACACAAUGUCACUAAGCAGAGAUGGGGUACAUGUGUGUACAUGUAUGGGGUACAAAUACCACAGCUGUGUAGCUAUAAUGGCAUCACACAAAGCCUCAGCUCACAGCAUAUUGCGUACAGAACUAGGUCAUACCAUUAGGUGUAAAUGAAACAUUCAGUUUGUUGUCAUUUUAUGUCACUUGCCAGGUCACAUAAGUCUUACCUGUAAUGUACUUUUUUGCUGUACAGGCCAGUGAUGUAACAAAUUCACUCUAGUACAUUCAUAUAAAAUCUGAGUGUUUUAUGUAAGGACAUUCAUUUUGUUAAGUAGACAAUUGCAAGACAUAAAUGUUGCAAGAAACCACUUUUGUCACAUAAACUGGCAAGUUGAUACAAGUAGGAUUUUAUUUUCUGUGUGCUGCCUCGUUUUGUCCACCAUAUAGCGUCCUUUAGGAAGUCUUGGAGUCACAAGUUUGUUUUUGGCUGUGAAACGUGUUGAUGUAUUUGGUAAUGAUGUGUGUACAGCGCUUUGCAAUAUGUGUGAAGUACCCGCAGGUGUGGGUACAAUAAAGCUUGGAAAUUGA